AUGGACGUACUUCCUGUCGCCAACCCCACCAAGUCGUUCUGGCUCACGGCCGAGGACGACUUUGCCACGUUCCGCAGCACGCCGGAGCUCCCUGCGGAGGCCGACGUCGUCAUUGUCGGCUCCGGCUACGCCGGCGCCACGACGGCGCACUACCUGCUGCCGCAGUUCAAGGGCAGCGUGCUCAUGCUCGAGGCCCGGAACGUCUGCAGCGGCGCCACGGCCCGGAACGGCGGCCACCUCAAGCCCGACCUCUACUACUCGCACAACGACUUCCGGGAGAAGUACGGCGAGGCGGGUGCUGCGGAGAUCAUCAACUUUGAGCACGCCCACCUCCAGGCGAUGAAGGAGCUCGUGGAGGGAGAGCAGAUCGACUGCGACUUUGUGCUGACACGGGCGUGCGACGUGCACCUGCACGGCACCGCAGCCGAGCGGGCCGUCGCCAACUACACGGAGAUGUGCAAGAACCCGCACGUGCGGUGCAAGCAGGACGUGCAGCUCACGCAGGGCGACGCUGCCCGCGUCAUCUCGAAGGUCGACGGCUCGCCGGUGUGUGUCACGUACACGGCGGGCCAGCUGUGGCCGUACAAGCUGGUGACCGCGGUGCUGCGCAAGGCCGUGGCCGCGGGGCUCAACCUCCAGACAAACACCCCCGUUGUCGCCACGGAGAGGCUCGGCGACGGCCGGUACCUGGUGCGGACCCCGCGCGGCGCCGUUGUCGCCGGCCGGCUGGUGCUGGCCACCAACGCCUACACGGCGUCCGUGGAGCCCCGGUUCCGCAACAAGAUCGUCCCCAUCAAGGGCGCCUGCAGCCACAUCGUGCCUGUCUCUGCGGCGGAUCGGGCCCCGCACCUCACCAACACGUACGGGAUCCGCUUUGCCGGCGCAGACACGGACUACCUCAUCAACCGCCCAGACGGGUCGGUCGUCCUCGGCGGCGCCAAGAAACACAUCUUCCCCUACAAGGACCGCUUCUACAACGUCGUCGACGACAGCACCCUCAUCCCGGGCUCCGAGGCCUACUUCUCGGGCUACCUCGAGAAGAUGUUCUACACCUGGAAGGGUGUGGCCACCCACGCCGACCAUGUGUGGUCCGGCAUCCUCGGCUACACGGACGACACCCUGCCCUACGUGGGUGCGCUGCCGGACGAGCCACGCAAGUACGUCAUCGCCGGCUUCCACGGCCACGGCAUGCCCCGCGUGCUCCUGUGUGCCCGGGCCCUUGCCGGCAGUCUUGCUGCCGACGCCGCCGGCGUCGCCGGCGACCCCGCCCCCGGCCUCGCCGACAUCCCGGCUGCCUUCCGCAUCACCCCCGACCGCAUGACCGCCACCGAGAACCGCAUUCUGCAGUCUCUGCAGCCGGCCCCCGUCCCGAAGCUCUAGCUCCGUAUACUUCUCUCCACCGUAUAGCCACAACCAGCGCAGUUCCUACCCCAC